AUGCUAUGCGGUGGAGACCGUGAGAAGGGGGAUGUAGCGAUGGAGGAGAAAUGGGACUACGUGAACUUGGACGACUUUAAAUCCGAGUCUUGCUGGACUCCGUUCUCAUAUUUCUUCUUAUGGGUGUUCCUAUUCAUCUCGUUUGCAGUCUACGGUGUCGAUACAUUCACUGCAAUCAACUUGCUGGCUUUCUCUCGGUGGUCCGGCAGGGUUCAACCCGCCAUUCCCUUCAAUAUCUCCCGCUGGAUCUUCGCCGCCUGCAUCAUUGCUUCGUUCAUUCUUUUGGCCUACCGAUGGAUACAUGCCAUCCGCGCCAUCCGCUCGGGUAGUAUUACUCGCAGCUUUCUGGACCCGCUGGCUGUGCGUAUCCAGAGUGUUCGCUUCGGCAAGCGGGGUCGUGGAUACAGGAGAUUCCUUGUAUUCGCUGAAUUAACGAAAGACAGGAAAGCCGCAGAAUAUGUUGCUCUGUAUGCAUACUUCUCUUUCCAGUUCUGGAUGAACACGAUCUUCGCGGAUGGCCCGCGUCAAGUUCUCAAUGCGAUUACUCUAUAUUCGGUCAUGCAGAUGGACCUCAUUCCUGGAGGAAAGAAUGCAGCGCACGACGAUGGAUCUUCCUCGAUUGGUCAAUUCUUCAACAACAUUAAGAUUAUGGCCGAGGACAACAACCUUCAAGCUGUGGUCUUGUUUGGUAUGCUUUUCACCUUGGUCAUUUGGGUCCUAUCAGUUCUCAAGUUGAUCUCGGCGAUCGUACUCUAUUUGAUCUUCCUGUUCCACCAUAUCCCAGCGGAAGACGGUACUCUUUCGAGGUACUGCCGUCGGAAGGUUGGUCAGCGUCUGAAGCGCAUCGUGCACCGUAAGAACACCAAGGCCCUGGCGAAGGGACUCAAAUUACAAAAUAGAGCACCCACUCAGCCAACGCUGGUCACGGAUUCGAACCCGACCCUGCCGUCUUUCGCUGGAGAUAAAGUCCCCGCAGUGGCUUCGUUGUCGCGAAGUACCACCCAGACCACUUUGCCGCCUUACUCGCGAUCAGCUUCCUCGACAAUGCCGGGACUCAACCCGACACUGCCGAAUCUGGACUUCGAUGCCAAACCAAGACUAGCUCGAACCGGAACUUCAUCUUCAGCAGCUUCCGAGUCCGCUUCACUGACAGGCAAUGCCGCCGGAAUGGGAUACACCCCUCUUGAUCACCAGAACCCGACGCUUCCCCCAGUACCUCCCUUGCCGGCAAACGUCCCAUCACGGAUGGCCACUCCUCACUCUCGAGCGACUCCAGCGCCAUAUGGCAAUGAUGAUCACAAUAGAUAUCGCAACCUGACUGAUAACUCUGAUUCUCGGCCAUAUCAGAGUCAUACCCCAGCGCCCGAUUAUGCUUCGGCUGAUAUAAACGCUUCCGAUGAUUAUGAUUAUUUCAACCGUGACCAUGCGCCUGCCCACUACGAUCCCUACGGUCCUCCGAGGGGGGCAUACGGCGGAGAGGACGGGUACGGAGCAAGAUACGGGACUCCCGGUGGCCAGAGAGGCGCGCCUCACGCACAGCAAGAUUACUACCCACAGGAUCCAUAUUCAACAAGAUCAUACACGCCGGCCAGCACUGGUGGGACGCCUGCUCCUUAUCGAUCCAACACCCCGGCAAGCUACCGACCACCCCCUCCCCCACAAGCCACAUUGGUGCAGCCUCCACCAAGGAUGUUCACUCCAAUGAGUUCGGCAACUCCCGCUCCUCAAAAUGGCGGCUAUGCAGCCUUCAACCCAUCGAUGGCUCAUCACACACCCCAGCCUCCCUCCCAGGGGCCUCCCGGUCCGUCCAGCUUUACUCGAGCAAACACCACUUCGCCCUCUGCCAUGCAUCGCGCUCCACCAGGGCACGCAUUCAAUCGCUCAAAUACCCACCAAUACUGA